ACAGUACGCGAAUCACCCCUGAAAGAUCUACACGAUCCCACGAUUCCUCAAUCUAUCGUUGCGGAUUGGUAUAUUGGUACGACUUUUUUUCAGUACCCAACAUUUGUCAUCUACUGACUCAUGCUCUGCUUACUCCUAGCCAUUGCACUCGAUUAUGUUGAGGAAACUGUACCGUCCAUCAUGGCCAAAUGGGAUUCACAGUACAGAAAAAAGCGACAUGAUCAGGAACUGCAAUUGACUCAAUAUCCUCAACUAAUAUCCGAUUUGCAUGCUGUCUAUCGCUGUAUCACCCUUGCCUUGGAUAUGCCAUGUCCAGACGGCAGUCCGUUGGCAGCGAGAAAGUUGAAAGCAAGAUUGCAAUAUGAGUUUUGUCGCCUAUUACAACAGCAUCUUCCAGCAUUGUUUGCAGAUACGCGCAAAGAACAUUAUAUUUUUGGAUAUCGGCAGAUCGAAGGUCUGGCUCUCGAACAACAAGCUGAAAUUAACGGCCUAUCCACUUUGUACAGCCCUUCUAUUGCUUACACUGGGAGGGAUCUCCAACUAAUCAUGCAAAUCGGCUUGGAAGAGCAAAUAACGGACGUGUUGGAUCCUUUUUCCAUAUCCGAUGAACUGCUCCGCAAACAAUGUGAUGCAAUUCUGAAGGACAAGAGCUUGUCAAUUGAUCGAACGGACUGGGGAGCAGAGAUACAGUUGGACAUAUCGAAAUCACAUUUGGAUACAUUCAGUAAGGCGUGUAAAGAGGCGAACGAAAUACAACUUGGUCCGGAUUGGUUUCAGCUUGUUCGAGAAAUCGUUCAAGCACGACUGCAAACCUGGGAUACUUGCUGGAGCGAACCCGUGUUACGACCUAUGCUACAAUGGUUUCGAGAUGUGAUUCUUCCAUGGCUAUCUCAUGUCCUCAUCGAUGGCAAAGAGGAAUCCUGGUUUAAAUUAUUGAGAGCCAAAAUCAAAUGCGAAUACUUGGUUUAUAAAUUAUUCUACGAAACUCGCGUGCAACAACUGUUUGAUAUCUUUAUUGAGUACCCAACCUCUCUGCCUGCUUUCGAAGAAUUACAGAUCGCAACAAGAAAAUUAAACCGCGUGGAGAAUGUUAAAGAUGCCUUGUUGAAAGCGCUCAGAGAGAGGUUAUUGCACCAAGGUGCCUCAGCGACCGAUAUCCUGCAGCAAUAUAUUUCCUGCAUACGGUUUCUGAAAGGAGCAGACCCCAGUUGUGGUGUUCUGGUCCCGGUUGUCGAAGAAGUGCAGACUUAUAUGAGAGACUGUCGCAAGGAUGUGGUACCUGCUGUUGUCGAUAUGAUCCGUUCUAGUACCGAGGAAGACGACUUAUUCGCUCAAGAGGAGGAAAAUAUUUAUGUAUUUAAAGAAGAAGAAUUGGAUAAAGAUCGACGAUUAAAUGACGAAUAUCAAGUGAUCCCAGAACGAAGUUCAACUGUCGCAGAUCGACUGAAGCAAAAGUCCACUGAUCUCGUUGUAAUGCUGAUCAGCGCAUGCGGCGAUAUACAAUCAUUUAUCAAAGGCUAUAAAGAGAAACUGGCUGAAGCAUUGCUAGCUAGCGUCGAUUUUAACGUGGAUGAAGAGAUGAUCAAACUAGAAUUAUUGAAACAAAGGUUUCCAGAGCAUACUAUGAACAGCUGCGAUGUCAUGAUCAAGGACAUUGGUGAAGGAAGACGAUUGGAUCGAUAUAUUCACGGAAACACGAAGCUUCAGGACGAUUUUCACGCUGUUGCAUUAUCAAAGCAUUAUUGGCCAGAAAAGGAUCCUGGGAACGUACGCUUAAUACCGCAGCUUGGUGAUCUGAUGUCAUUGUACGAGACGGAGUAUCGAAAUAUCAAAGCAUCACGAAGGCUGGAAUGGUUACCGUCGUACGGCACGGUCACACUGGAAUUGGAAUUUCGAUCAAGGACGCAGGAAUUUAUUGUUACACCAGUAGCCGCUCUGAUCAUCUCCUUAUUCCACAGCAAAGAUCAAGUACUUUCUGGUGCAGAGAUAGCCGAAGCAAUAGGCGUCCCCAUGGACGAAACCAUGGCUGGUCUGGACUUUUGGAUGAAGAAGGAUGUUUUAUUCCUUACUGCCAAUGGUGGCUAUCAGUUGUUGGAAGAUUGAGCUGUAAGUCUUUCUAUUGCCAAAUUUGGAAAGACGCUAUGACCAUGUUUUUCCUUGGCACUGUCAUUUAUUGUAUGUGUGGAGUUCCAUCCGUAGCAUGAUGGCGUCGUUUAUCAUUAUUUCC